AUUUCUAUACCGCCCAAACUCCUAAGGGGAAUCUCUUAAAGUGCUCAUAUGUAGUCUCCCAUUCAAAUGCAAACCACGGUGGACCCUGCUUAGCGAAGGGGACCAUGCCUGCUUGCUACCACAAGACUAGCUCUCCUCCCAUAGACCAAAUCUUGGCCCCUUCUGUGCCCCCACCCCCACCCGCCUCAAGUAAGGGGUGUGUGUGUGCGCGUGUGCCGUCAGUGCGUCCCAGACAGAAGGGCGAGGUGACAGAGAUAAUUUUCUGUGAAGUUUGGUUUGCAUAUGCCCAGCAACUGCCUGCAUGCAUUUUUCUGAUUGGUGGGUUAUUUCCUUCUCAGCCAAUCCCAGCCCGGAGGCACCUCAUGCUCGCCUCUGUCCUACGCCCCGCUCGACGGCAGCUGGGGAAGAUCGCGCCCCAGAAACAACGGACUCCAGCCAGAUGCCACUUCGGGAUGCCCACCGCUUGCUCCUGGAGGCAGCUGCCCUCUUCCUGCUGGGGGGCUGCUCGGGCUCCUCGUCACACUCUGUGAGGUUUCAUUAUGAAGUGUGGGAUUCUGCUGAAGGGCUACCCCAAUUCAUGGGUCUGGGGUACCUGGAUGACCAGAUCUUCAUACACUUUGAUAAGAAGAUAAGGCAGCCCGAGCCUGUAGUUCCAUGGAUGAAGAAGUUAGUGAAGGAUGAUCCUGAGCACUGGAACUUGCACAUUCAGCAUAUGAUUGGUCUGGAUGAGAGACUGAAGCAGUAUGCGAUGAUGGUUCAGAAAUAUGGCAACCAGAGUGAGAGUUUUCUCACCUGGCAGGGAAUAAUUGCCUGUGAGCUGAGGGAGGACGGUCAGAAAGUGGGGAAUGUCCGUAUGGGCUACAAUGGGAGGGACUUCCUCAGCUUCGACAAGGACACCCUCUCCUGGAUUGUAACAGCCAAUGCUCCAGAGUUCAAGAGGAAGUGUGACACUUUCGCAUCCAGUCCUCAGUAUUACAAGGAUUUCUUGGAAGGGGACUGCAUUGAAUGGCUAAAGAAAUACAUAAAGUAUGCCAAGGAAUCUCUGCAGAGAAGAGAUUGCAUUUUUGCAGAGCCCCCAGUUGUGAAGGUGCUGCGAAAGAUGGACUCCAAUGGCCUGGAGACUCUCAUCUGUCGGGCCUACGGCUUCUACCCCAGGGAGAUCCAUGCAACCUGGAAAAAAGAUGGUGAAUUCUUGGAGCAGGAGCCCCUCCGUGGAGAUGUUGUCCCCAACUCAGAUGGGACCUACCACACCUGGACUGGCAUCAAUAUUGACCCCAAGGACAGGGCCCACUACCAGUGCCAGGUGGAACAUGUUGGUUUUCCAGAGCCUCACCUCUUUGCCUGGAAGGAACCUGCUCCAGUGGGCCCCAUUGUGGGGGGCAUCCUGGGGGCUGUGGCUGCUGUUGUCCUGCUGGUGGCUGGGAUCAUCUUCUACAUGAGUAAGGAAACUGUGGAUGAAUUUGCCGACGGAGGGGAGAUGCUUGUCUGUGGUAGAAACUCUCACUGCUGCAUAGCACAGACUUCCUGUUGGGGGGCAGCCAGUAAUUACCCAUAAAAUCUCAUAGUGCCUCUAAGCAUCUGCCCCCGGAUUAAGUGGCUUGAAGAUCAUCUUCUCCACCCUAAAUUAAAGUAGUGACAAAAUCCAGAUUAUCGACUCAGAACCCAUGGCCAUCUAGUCCAGCCCUCAGGUCAGGAGGGAAGUGUAAGGAGGGAUUUAAGGAUGUUCACAAACCAAACUUCAUGUACCAUGUCAGCAUCACUGAGAGGGGAGGGGUGAGCACAAGCUUUAAGAAAAGAGAACAGGUCCUCACCUGCUCUCUGCCACCCCAUGCAGAUUUCUGCUGGGGUGACGCUCAUCCCAAGAACCUGUAUGUGGUGCCAGCAUGCACAUGGCAUUUGUGCACAUGCGGGUGCCAUUUGCAUGGUCAGCAUGGUGUUGCUGAUCACGCAAAUGGCAGGGGUGCAUGCACAAAUGCCAUGUGUGUUCUGGCAUGGUGUGCUGGUUCUUUGGUUGAGCGCCACCCCAAAAGGUAGUUGCAUACGGCCUGCUCUUCUCUUUUAAAAAAAACUCCCACUCACCACUCCCCUCCCUGUGACUCCGAACUGGUUUGGACUUUGUCUGAACCGGUUUGGCGCCAAACCUGUGCAUAAAUCUCAGUUCAUUCACAUCCCUACUCUUGGGCCUAACUUUCCCCCAGACUCCAAAUGGACAUACUUUGACUUGUCCCAGUGACUUCAGUGGGACUUUCUCCUUUGAAUAUACAUUUCUUACUUUUUAUAAUUGUAAAAUGGUGAGUAAAAGGACGAAUGUGG